UCAAACACGCGCCGCGCACGCAAGGAGAAGAGAACAGACAAACAGGUCACUUACCAAUACCAAAAAAACAGGGGACCUCCUCUGACCUGAUUAACUGCCUGUGAGGAAGAGGAGGCGAAUAUCGGGUACUAUGUGCCCGCGUUGUGGAUGCGUGCGGCUCUAAACGCGCGACGCUGUAAAUGCAGCGCGUGCGGAUUCUGCGGCAGCUGUGAACGCGGAAUAAUGGGAUCGGAAAACUCAGCGAGGCAUGGAAAAGCACGCUGAGUAUUGAGCAAAUAAUCAACUAGACAAUCAUUUGCAGACGUAUUCAUUGUGUGCGCCUCCGGGCGCCCUAUUAUUUGGUCGAAAUAUCACAGUGGAUAUGAAGGCAAGCAUGCAGUAGAACAUUUGUCAUACGAAUCCAGACUCGUUGGGUUCGGUGCAAGUGAUUCUUCAGUUUCUUUCUGUCCGUGGUCAAUUUCAAAUCUGCCGGAAAGACAUCAGGAACUUUGUGUGCUGGCGGUGUAGAAUGUUGUCACGAUAACAUCAGCCUGACUCUGCUCUGACUGCGGCAGGUGGAAGACUAGAGGGGUCAGGCUGGGAUUAGGGGCCGAGUCAGGAGUGAGUCAGCGUGGGUUUGAUUGACAGACGGCUCGGUGGGAAACUAGGCCUCGGGAGAGCGAGAGUCCGAUAAGAGGAGUGAAAGCAUCACAACGGCAAUAUCAACUUUCAGUCCACACUGCCACUUGUCUUUCACAACAUGGCCUCUACAGUGGCACCAUUCUCCUCUGACACUGCCUCUUUGGGGACGUAGCACGACACCAGAUACUGGACACAUGGACACAGUCCUGUAGACUGCUUCAAAAAGUGUCUUCAGACUUCCAGACAUCAGUUUUAAGGUGUUCAUUAUCAACUUUAAGGCAAACUGUCCUUUACAACUACAGUUUCUAAGAAAGGAAAUCCUUUUAGGAGUUUCAAAAAGGCAAAAAGGCUUAGGUAUAAGGAACAUUUUGGGAAGUGGUUGACUCAUUUUAUAUGUUUCUGUGUAACAUCGAAGGCCAGUGUGUUUGGCUCGAGAGCCUGACAUGGCCAGACCUCUACUAAAGAUCCACCGCUAUUUCCGACGUAAACCGGUGCGCUUUUUCUCCUUCAUCCUCCUCUACCUUACUGCUGGCAGCCUUGUUUUCCUCCACUCUGGCUUCUCCAGCGAUACCUCCACCACUGGUGGUUCUGGGAGUGGCCGUGAUCCACUUAUAUCUGAAGGUGGGGGCGGCACAGGUGGAGGGAGCUCUACCUCUGAAGGUUUGGGACUCUUACGGAGGGUGUUUAAAGAGACAAGGAGAGCCCCCCGGAGAUUUGGACCACAGUGGAUGAAGAAAAACGGGGCACAGGAUGCACCGGAGUGGGUAGGACGAGGAGAAGUUCAUACCAGUAGCUGGAGCCAUGGAGCCAAAGGAAGAACCACCAAAGAGAUGGAUGAUGAGAGAGCAAAGUACAUCGGCUGCUAUGUUGAUGACACACAGAAACGGGCUCUUAGAGGAGUGUCCUUCUUUGACUACAAAAAAAUGACUGUCUUCCGUUGCCAGGACAACUGCGCUGAAAGGGGAUAUCUCUAUGCCGGUCUGGAGUUCGGAGCAGAGUGCUAUUGUGGUCAUAAGAUCCAGGCGCCCAAUGUGACAGAGAGUGACUGUAAUAUGGAGUGUAAAGGGGAGAAGAGUAACCUCUGUGGAGGACCAAAUCGACUUUCCAUAUACAGACUGGAGCUGAGUCAGGAGUCUGCACGCCGAUAUGGGAGUGCCAUUUUUAAGGGAUGUUUCAAGAGGCCUGACAAUGUGACACUGGCACUUCCUGUUAGUGCAGUCAUUCAAAACAUGUCAGUGGACAAGUGUGUAGACAUGUGCACAGAAAAAGAAUAUUCUCUGGCAGCAUUGGCUGGGGAAAAAUGUCACUGUGGAUUUCCCACUCCUCUGUUUACCCUACAUGAGCACGAGGAUGAGGAAAUGUGUCUGCAGCGCUGCACAGUAGAAGACUUUGAGAGUUGUGGGAACAAUAACUUCUUUGUUGUGUACCAGACACAAGUUCAGGAUAAUCGCUGCAUGGACCGGCACUUUUUACCCACUCGCACCAAGCAGCUAAUGGGACUGGCUAGUUUCCCAGGAGCAGGGAAUACCUGGGCCCGUCACCUCAUUGAACUGGCUACUGGCUACUACACCGGGAGCUACUAUUUUGAUGGCUCACUGUACAACAAAGGUUUUAAAGGGGAGAGAGAUCACUGGCGCAGUGGUAGAACAAUAUGUAUCAAGACUCACGAGAGUGGCAAGAAGGAGAUUGAUGCCUUUGAUUCCAGCAUCCUCAUGAUCCGGAACCCUUACAAAGCCCUCAUGGCUGAAUUUAACCGAAAGUACGGUGGCCAUAUUGGAUUUGCCUCCCAAGCUCACUGGAGAGGCAAAGAGUGGCCAGAGUUUGUGAAGAACUAUGCUCCAUGGUGGGCAUCCCACACACUGGACUGGCUGAAAUAUGGGAAGAAAGUUCACGUGGUGCACUUUGAGGAGUUAAAGCACAAUCUUUUCUCUCAGUUAAAGGCCAUGGUCAUCUUUCUGGGCCUGGAGGUCUCUGAGGAUCGUCUGUUGUGUGUAGAAGGACAGAAAGAUGGGAACUUCAAACGUUCUGGGCUGAAAAAGCUAGAAUAUGACCCUUACACGCCUGAAAUGCGUGCCAACAUUGAUAGGCUUAUUAAGACUGUGGACGCAUCACUCAAAAAGAGAAACCUGUCUGGUGUACCUGAGGAGUACAGGCCGAGAUGACACUCAUCUUUUACCUUUGCUUUAUUUCAAAACACAUAGGAGGGACACACACUUUACGCUUUACAUUUUUUUGAAGCUUUUCCCCUUUUUACAAUUUUGAAUUGUACUUUACUGUUGUUUGUGUUCUGUUUUAAAGGAAUAGUACACAGAAAAAAAUUAACUGUCAUUAUUUGCUCACCCUCGUGUCACACAAUGCUAUUAGAUGACAAUAGUAGACUUGGAAUAUAUAGCAGACAAGACAUAUAGAAUAUUCCAUUAUACUUUUAUUAUGCUUUUAUGGUAUUCUGUGUCCUUUUUAGAGCUGGAAAUCUCAAGUACCCAGUAAUUGUAAUUUUAAUAGAUAAAAGCAACCAGAACCUUAUACAAAAUUGCUUUUUUUUGUUCCACAGAAGAACAAAAACAUUUCACUGUACAUCUUGCCAUUGCAGACUCUAGGCACAACAUGAUAUCAAGUUCGAUUAUACUUCUUAGUGUUUGACGCAUGCACAGAGCGCUAGAUGACGUUAUAGGAAGUGUAAUCAAGCUUGAAAUUGAUCUGCAAGGAGAAUGCUGUCAAUAUGAACCCUUUAAUUUAAAUGUAAUUACCAUCUGGCCACCUUCCUUGAAGGAUAGUGCACCCAAAAAUAAAAAUUCUACCUAUGGAACACAAAAGGAAAAAUGUUAGGGAUUGUCAAACUCAUUCACCAUUCACAUUCAUUGCAUCUUUUUCCAUACAAUGAAAGUGAAUGGUGACUGAGGCUGUCAUUCUACCUAACCUGAAGUAAUAAUGGUUUGGAUUAACAUAAAGAUAAGGAAUCUUUUUUUUUUGUGGGAAAUGUCCCUUUAAGUCAGGAUCACAAAUUAUGUUAAAUAUCCCAGGCAAUGACUAUUUAUGCUGUCUAUGAAAGCUUCUUCUAUAAUAUCAGUCAUUAUCAAGACAUUCGGACCACUUUUAGAUGGACCCAAGUGUUUCCUUUACACACAUCACCUCUGUUUUAUCCCACCUGCCUUUUCUGCACCUCGAGAGACCAUGAACUCUAAAGCAAUUUAGUCACAUUUUAAUGAUAUGAACAGUGAUUUCAUCUGUUUAACACCUGAACCACAGUCUCCUGUCCCCACAAAGAUUUGGACCUUGCCUUCAGAUGUUAUGGUGCUUCAACCUGCAGUAUGCCACCAGUAUUAGACAAAUGCAUGGGCAACUCAUAAACAUGACAUUAUAUCUGUCAGUUGCCUGCAAAUUACUAAAGGCAAGGACCGGAUAAUAAGUCCUCAUUGGACUCUUGAUUUAGAUGAAAGCAACAAAGUACUUUUUUUUCUGCUUCUUCUUUUAAAUGAAUUACUUUUUACAAUCAUUUUAUUCAGUGAGGUUUAGGACAUUUUUGCAGUGGGCAGUUAAAAAAAAAUACUCUGUUCAUGAAGAGAGUUCUACCACCUUUAUUCCUUCACAAUAUAGUUACUGUAUCUAAUAAGCAAAAACCUCUUCUCCACCAAUUUGUGUCCCAAUUUAGAUUAGGAGAGCGGUUGCAAUGCUGCCCUGAAUUAAUUUGUACUUUCCAUUUCCCUUGACAACAUCUGUAAACACAGUAAAAAUAUUCCUCCCCAAAUAUCAAUAUACUGUGUAUCACAUUUUGGGUGCUAUUAUAAACUUGU